CUCUUUUCCUCUGAAAGUGAAACCAGCGAGCUGCGGGCAAUCGCUCAAGACACGAAAAACAACUGCUACAACUUUAGACUUCAUUUGUGAUUUUUUUCUGUCAAAAAGCAAUUUUUCAAACUUAUUUACAAAAUAGGUAACUUUUCGCCUCCAAGACGUAGCCUGACAGUGCAGGGCAGUAUUGCAGUGAGCUGAGCACCAGGCGUGUGUCCCAGCUGGUGACAUGGACAGACUGACGCUGUCUCACAUCGAUGAGCAGCUGGAGUCCUCGGAGGUGGCUGCUCUCUGCUUCUUGUGUCGGGAUGUUGUCAACAUUAGACGCCUGGAAGGGAUCAAUAAUGCAAAAAAGCUCUUUGAGAGAUUAGAAGAACAAGAUCUGCUGAAGGACUAUUCCUUCCUCUGUCAGCUGCUCCAAACCAUCCAGCGAGCCGAUCUCCUCAACCGGCUGGAGACGAACAGCUGGAGACCAGAAGAAACAGACGCAAGUCCAAUGCUGUCAGAAUACAGGGUGGCGCUGUACAGAAUCUAUGCCGACAUGACUGAGGAAAACUUUGAUAAGUUGAAGUUCCUUUUGAGCGACAAGCUGGGCAGAAGACAAACUGAGGCAUGCAAGACAUCACUGGAUGUGUUUGCUGAAAUGGAAAAGACUGGGUCACUCUCAAACACAAAUCUGCAUGAGCUGCAUGAGAUACUGCAGAAGUUGGAUCAACAACUGGCUUCAAUCCUACAGCGCUACAUGGAGGGGGUAACCCAGCUUCCCCCCCAGAGAUUAACUUCCCAUCACAGCAUGGAUAACCAGGGGGUCCCAAACACCACCCGGCCCACCCAACCUGUCAAUGUGUCGAUAUCUGAGAUUCAGCCCAGCAAUGGACAGGCGAGUGUUUGCUCCGAUGCAGAAGCAAACACGAAGUCGUCCUCUCUUCCCGAUCAGAACGAUUACUACGCUCUGACUCAUGUGCCACGUGGUUUGUGUGUGGUCUUCAAUAAUGAGGACUUCCCGGGAACAACGCUGUUAAAACGAAAUGGGACGCAGGAGGACGCGAAGACUCUGCGCACAGUGUUCACCGAUAUCGGCUUCCAGGUGCUGGUGCACGAUAACUUAACAGCAGCAGAUAUGAAAAGGGAACUAGAAACACUGCAGAAAAGGAGCUUUCUCAAUGAGGAUGCUUUGGUGGUAUGCGUGCUUUCCCAUGGACUAAAAGAACGCGUGUACGGGACUGACGGGAAGCCAGUGUUCCUGCGAGAACUGUCCGGGCACUUCACCAGCAGGGCAGCUCCCACCUUGGCCGGGAAGCCCAAACUCUUCUUCAUCCAAGCGUGUCAGGGGAGCAACUACCAGAGAGGAUCCAUGCCGUGGCCCCCAAGGCCUAAAGCGGAGGAGGAGGAAAGAGAGAUCCUGGAGGAAGACGCUGGUCCACUGCACAGUGAGACGGUGCCUUGGGAUGCUGACGUCCUGCUGGGCAUGGCCACCGUGCAGGACUGCAAGUCGUUUCGGAACACUACCACAGGCUCUAUCUAUAUCCAGGAGCUGUGCAAGCAGCUGAUGAAGUCUGCUCGUAGCAGCACGGAUAAUGAUGAUAUACUCACUGUGCUGACACGUGUGAACCGGGAGGUUGGCAAAGGAGAAUAUUUGUCCUACAAACAGAUGCCAGAACCCAAGUACACUCUCACCAAGAAGCUUGUCCUCAAAUGUGUGUGAGCUGAUCAGGACCAAGUACAACACUGAAAAUGUUCCAACUUUUCAUAGGCCGACUGGUUUACUAUGUGUCUGACUGGGUGGCUGUGAGUUUUUAAUCUUGCUGUACAGCUGGUUGGAGGAAAUUGAAUGUCAUUGUUUUUGACGUUAUUUUGAGGUGAUGUGUCUUGAUCAUGCCUUAUAAAAUGUAUUUUUGGAAAUGUUGGUGUGAUUCCCGUGUAUUCUGGGAAAAAUAAACAAUAAGACAUCA